UUCUGUUUUUGCUGCUGCCAUUCGUUCAUUCGUUUGUUCGUUGUUGUUUGUUGUUUGAACUGCGACUGCAAACAACACAGAGGACGAUGCGGACGUCGCUUGCGAGGUGGUGGGGCUUGCGGUUGGUGCAGCAGGCUGUGCCGCCAAAGCCUUCACACAUGGGCAUGUCUGGCGACCACGGGCAAGGGAACGAUGAGCGACUCAACUUGGUCAAGUACCACUUGAGAAGAGAGCUGCCCGUCAUUCACCAAGCAACACCGACAGACACGCUGGCGCUGUGCCACCCAAAUGUCAUCUUCAGAGACAACAUCCACGGCAUCACCCUGCAAGGGAAGCGAACGCUACAGCUGUCCCUGAUGGCGUUCCGACAAUCGCUGCCACUGCUGGUGAGCCAGCCAAGCUGCCAGGUGCUGUGGCUGGACCGGCGCGCCUCGCAGCAGCUGCAUGCGCGCUGGCGCAUCGUUGGCUUCUCCCGCACCUCUCUCACUGGACAGAUCUGGCUGGACGCCUACACGGUGUUCCACGUGAAGAACACGGGCCUCAUUGAGAAGAUUGAGCUUGAUAACGUCAUGCCCCGCAAGUCUGAGGAUAAGGAGCGGGCACGCCACUGGCCCUUUGCUUACAGCUCGUCCGCAUGACGCCCGCGCUCAGGCUGCUCUUGCUGUUGCGUUCGCUCUGCUUGCUCUUGCCUGUCAUUAUUUGCUGUGCCAUAUUUGCCCUUGCUAUCCGCAUCCUCCCCACCCGUGCCACCUGCGCCCCCAGCGCCCGCGAGCGUGUGGCCGCGUCGCGUCGUCGUCAUCAUUGACAGCGGCGUUGUGCCGUCACCAAAUGCCAGUGCCCCGUUGGGCUGCAGCGCAAACAGCACAUCCUCCUCGCGCUCGUACACCCUGUGCAUCGUGGUGCACUCGGAAGUGAGCGAGCGUGUGCACAUCGCAUGCAUUGGAUUGCAUGCGUGGCACCACAUUGCACCCCCGUUGAUACUUGCACACAUACGCCUGCUGCAUCCCCCCCUCUCUCUCCGUCCUGCACCAUAAACUGGGUCUCCCUACCACCACGGCACCUUGGUGUUGUCGGCGUGUUGGCGAGCGGUGUCCAUAUCUGCCA